UAUUCCUUUCCGUCUCCUCGACCCAGUCGUUGGAGUGACGCGCCGGCGACGAACCGCAGCUUGCUUUAGGUCCCAACGCUCAAAUUUAAUGAACCGCAGGCUCAAAGAAACCCUCGCUACCUGCGAGCUCGAAUUGCAUCGAGCUCGGGCCGGGUGGGAUCGGGGUUGUAGCUCGCCCCGGCGACGACGAUGGAUCUCCACAGCCCGCGGGUCCGGCUCCUGUUACUCGUAGGUGGUCUCAUCGCUCUCAGCAUGGCAGCGGAGAAAUUCAGGGAAUUUGUUGGAGAAGAAGCUGCAUCCAAAAGUGGGAAGUUCACAUUUUUGAAUUGUUUUGACAUGGGAUCUGGGAGUCUUUCCUGUGUAGUCAAAGAGGGUGUCAAACUCUAUGCGUACAACAUCCGAAGUGCACAUGUUGAAAGAAUAAGACAACGAGAAACAGAGAUUGCUCUGACUGAAGCUUUGACGGAAGGUCUGACCGCAAGCAUGGCUGCAAAGAAGGCUCAGAAAGCUGGCACAAAAGCUGCAAAGGAGGCUUCCAGGCAAGCCAAGCGCAUUACAGGUCCACUAAUAUCAUCAGGGUGGGACUUCUUUGAAGCCUUAUACUUUGGAGGAACUUUGACAGAGGGCUUCCUCAGAGGUACCGGUACUUUAUCUGGGGCCUAUGCAGUUGGUUACCAUGGUGAGCAGAGACUGGGAAGAUUGGGUUAUCUUAUGGGAAGUCAUCUUGGUAGCUGGAUUGGAGGAAGGAUAGGAUUGAUGGUAUAUGAUGUUGUAAAUGGAUUAGAUUACUUGCUUCAUUCUGUCCAACCAGAAGAAGAUACGAGUUUUUUCACUGAUACUGGGGGUUCUGGCUUUGAGGACGCAUAUAACACAGGAAAAGAUAUCGUGUAUCAGAGCGCUAGUGAACUAAAUGGUUAUUAUGAAAGUGUGAAUGAAAAUUCUGAAGAUUCUGAAACUUGAGACUCUUUUGAAACAAGUGGUACUGUUAUAUUGUAGUUAUCGGUGUCAUGUGUAUAUCAUAUAGUUCUGCAUUAUGCUUUAUCUUACUGAACAUACCUGUUGAUGAAGUAAUGAACACCAUUAACUGUGGGGUCCAUUGAUACAAGAGUUUCCUGUUGCUAUUGAAAAUUUAUUUCUUUAAGCUGGUGACAGCUUUGACAGGAACUCCACUAUGAGUGUGCUCUUAUUCUUUUUACAGAAAACAUGGCCUCAGGUCAUCUGUUA